GGUUACCGCCCUUGUUUAUAAAAACUCGGAUAAAAUUUAAACAACAAAAGUCAUUUCAGAAGAAUUUGCAGAAUUAUAGCAUAUCGAUACGUAUGUGCAACGCGUUAUAUAUUCGCUCCCAAACUUUUUAAUACAACGGAUUAAGACAGUACAAAUGAUGACUGAUCAAAUGGGACACAUUUGCAAGAAUAGUCAAACAUCCAGAUUGGGGAAACUGAAAGAACUACUUACUGGUAGACAACAAACAAAACAUGAACUUAAAUGUGGAGGUUGCUCCCAAACAUUUGUGACCAUCUGUGCUCUUCAUGAACAUCUGUCAGAGCACUCAGAAACAGGCUCCUAUCACUUUGAUAACUGUACAGGCACUGCAUUUCCUAAGCAUGACUCACUGUGUGCAUACACUCAGUAUGAUCCAAAUGAUACUGGAUUGAUAAAUGACAUAAUUCAUUGCACGAGUUUGACUGAGCCAUCAGAAAGUCAUGAGAUGACAUACAAGACAGUGAUCGAUGCAUUCAGUAACACAAGUACUGAGUGCAAGAGAAGAAGUAACAGAAAAAUCAAACCCAAUCAGAAAUAUAAUUCAGAUAAAUUUAUACAGGAUGUUUGUUUAGAGAUAACACAUCAUACCUCAAAAAGUGACAAAGUUGAACAGUUAAAUGCAAAUGAGCAUGAUCAAAAUGCUUAUUUAGGAAGAGAAGUGUCCCCAGAUCUGCUCAUUCUUGAUCCAAAAGACUCUGAAUUAGGUAAACGAACAUAUAAUACAAAAACAUGCGGAAGUAUUGGUAAGAAUGAUACUAGUAAAAGAAAAAUAAUAACUUCAACUGUUGAGAAUGUCCUGCAUAAUACAAAUGACAGUACUGAAGGUAAAACUGAUCCAAUCAUAAAUGAAAUCCAAAGUACAGAUGAACAGACAGCCACUGAAGCUUUGCUGGAAAUAAGUGAAUGUAACUCAGAAAGGGUGGGCAGCAAUUCUAAAUGCACCAAAGUUAAUAAAAGAUGUAGAAAACCUAUUUGUUCUGCACAUAUACGGCAGAAUUCUUCCGCCAAAAGCAAGAAAGACACUAAAUAUAAUGGGGAUCCGAAUAGUAAAAUUAGAGAUAAUUCAACAAUGGUUAAAUUAUCUGCUAAAAGUGGACAUCUUCGAAAGUGUAAAAUUUGUGGAAAAGUUGGAAGUUCAGCUGUGAUAUCCUAUCACAAACAUAUUCAUCAAGGCGGAUAUUCCUGUGAGAAAUGUGGUGUGCAGUUGAAACACCCAAGAACCUUAGCUGCCCAUCUUCUACAGCAUGAGGCCAAGCAGUUCAAGUGUGACCAGUGUGGGGCUGGUUUCCGGCGCAAGCAGUACCUAGACACACACCUGCUGAUCCACAGUGGGGAGCGACCUUUUAUGUGUGAGGAGUGUGGACAGUCGUACAGAAGUGCAUCCUGUCUUUCGCGACAUGUACGGCACAUUCAUAAAAAUCUUCGCAGCCAUGAAUGUGACAUCUGCCAUGAGCGCUUCUUCCGUAUCGAUCACAUGAAGAACCACCGUGUCCGGCACUUUGAGGCAAAAUUGCAGUGCAAAUACUGUGGCAAGGGAUUCAAGGUUCUUCCUGACCUGAAACGUCACAUGUUAAUACAUACGGGUGAAAAGACCCAUAUAUGCCCGCUGUGUUCACAUGGUUUCAUUUCUGUAUUUCACUAUUACAAGCACAUGAUUAAGAAACACAACAUCGACAGGUGCAAGGCAAAGAAAAUGAAAGAGCAUUUCAAGGCGAUUUCUGGAUCGGGAAAGUGUUCUUCAAAGGGCAAUCGCGUUACUAUUGCUAGCAAUUUAGUUGGGGAUAGCGUGGUUACUAUGGAAACAGAAUCAGGUAAAUUCGGAAUCGGUGAUAUAUAUACCAAAGAGCUAUUCAUCGCAGUUGAUGAAGAUGUGGAUGAUCAGAAGUUUAUUGCAACCAGCAAAAAAUCUAAGAAUCUGACCAAAAGAAAUAUUAAACGCAUAGACGUAGACUUUCAGACGACUGUAACCAUGGGUCAACAGCAAGCAGAUGAAGUGCAAGAGCGAGAGCGAACUCCGUUUCAUGGCGAAGGUUUACUGGAUCUUAUGGGAAACGGGUCAUCUCAGACAAUAAUUGGAGGCUCCGACCUGAACAUGAUAAACCAGUACUUUGAUGACGGAGCUGAGUCAGUGAUUGUCCAAGAUUGUGAUUAUGCCGCAGAGAUCGUUAUUGAUCAUAGCCUGAUGGAUCCCUAGCUUAUUGAAUUAUGUGUUAGCAUAUGUUUAUGCUACCAUUCAUUAUCAUUAUUUUGGCUUUUUUAUGUCCCCCACUAUAGUAGUGGGGGACAUAUUGUUUUUGCCCUGUCUGUUGGUCUGUCUGUUGGUCUGUCUGUUUGCGCCAACUUUAACAUUUUGAAAUAACUUUUGCUAUAUUGAAGAUAGCAACUUCAUAUUUGGCAUGCACGUGUAUCUCAUGAAGCUGCACAUUUUGAGUGGUGAAAGUUCAAGGUCAAGGUCAUCCUUCAAGGUCAGAGGUCAAAUAUAUGUGGCCAAAAUCGCUCAUUUUUUGAAUACUUUUGCAAUAUUGAAGAUAGCAACUUGAUAUUUGGCAUGCAUGUGUAUCUCAUGGAGCUGCAUAUUUUGAGUGGUGAAAGGUCAAGGUCAUCCUUCAAGGUCAGAGGUCAAAUAUAUGUGGCCCAAAUCACUUAUUUUAUAAAUACUUUUGCAAUAUUGAAGAUAGCAACUUGAUAUUUGGCAUGCAUGUGCAUCUCAUGGAGCUGCACAUUUUGAGUGGUGAAAGGUCAAGGUCAUCCUUCAAGGUCAGAGGUCAAAUAUAUGUGGCCCAAAUCGCUUAUUUUAUGAAUUCUUUUGCAAUAUUGAAGAUAGCAAGUUGAUAUUUGGCAUGCAUGUGUAUCUCAUGGCGCUGCACAUUUUGAGUGGUGAAAGGUCAAGGUCAUCAUUCACAAGGUCAAGGUCAUCCUUCAAGGUCAAACAUCAUAUAGGGGGACAUUGUGUUUCACAAACACGUCUUGUUUAAUGUGUAUUUGUAAAAUAAACUUUGAAUUGAA